AUAGCAGGAAGUAUGAGGGAGUUGUAAUCUCGGUCGUAAACACUCUGUGGUUUAACGUUCACGAACCAACCUCCGCUUCACGGAGGCGAAAUGUAAAUAGUUAACACUGACGAAUACGAAAGGUGAGCUAUCGCUAGAUAGUUUGUACCUUAGAUCUACUGGAUGAUUGCGCAUUGAUUCCAUUUUGUAAUCAAUUUAACAGGAUUCUCCCAUAACAUCUACGGUGCUUGUUUAUUCGGUGCUUGUGCGCAGCCUGAAGCUCAGAAGAGAAACAAAACAUGCGCUGUUUCAUAUUAAUGGAGGCCUUUUUAACUACAGAAACCGGAGCUGACCGUUGGCUUGUAAUGACGACAACUGUUUCAAGGCUAAUCAUGAUGUGGCAGGUUUAAUAUUUUUCAGAAACGGAGGCAUGAGGCUCCUCACGCGAACAAAGGGACGUGCCCUAGCCACAUGCUACGCGCCGCCAGGGGGCAGCCGAGGGUUCUGGGGCUGGCUCAACGCUGUGUUCAACAAAGUGGAUUAUGAUCGUAUUAAGGCAGUUGGUCCAGACCGUGCAGCCGCCGAAUGGCUUUUGAGAUGUGGGGCCAAAGUUCGUUUUUGUGGUUUCGACCGCUGGCAGCAUGACUACAAUGGGCUCCCAACUGGACCGCUGGGUCGGUACCAGAUACAGGCCAUCGAUGCCACAGAAUCCUGCAUCAUGUCCCGAGGCUUCGAUUACCUGAAUGGUCUGAAGCAUGUGGAGGAGAUAAAGCUAAAUAAGUGUAUAUAUAUAGAAGAUACAUGUCUGCAGCACUUGAGUCAGACAGAGAACCUGCGGGCCAGCUUAAGGACGAUGGCGGUCAUCUCCUGUGGCAACGUUACAGACAAAGGCAUCAUCGCGCUCCAUCACCUGAGAAACCUGCAGUACUUGUUUCUCAGUGACCUGCCAGGAAUAAGGGACAAAGAGAAAACAACAGAGCGACUGCAGACAGCACUACCUAAACUCACUAUAGAACUAGACUUGGCUUAGCUAGUCAUCCAUGGGAGCAGUUAGAGCCUUGCUUGCAGCCUACACCAGCCACUCAGACACAGGGCAGGAUAUAAAAUGGCUGUUGUAGAAACAAAGACAAUGGAGUCUGACAACAGGUGUGUACAAUAGUGCUAUUCUCUGUGUGUUCUUCAAAAACUGAUGCCUAAAGUAUUCAAUAAGUAUGCCUGUAUUUAAUAUAUACGAUUGUAUACUGCUAUAUGGUGUGUAAAUCUUGGCACAUUGUUUUUGAAGAAGUAAAAAAAUAUAUAUUAUUUUCACUAUAUUUAUGUUCUACUUUUUAAGGGAACGCUGGCAAUGUUGGCCUAUACUGUUAGAAAAGCAAUUUGUCUGAUAAAAGAAAAAGUGGGCAAAUUUGGCCUGAGUUAGUGCUGUUCAUUAAAUGGCCUUAAAUAGGGAA